AUGGGCAGCCGCGCCAGGGCGCGCUGGGCGGCCACGGGGCUGGGUGUCUUCGGGCUGCUGUGCGCCGUGCUGGGCGCCGUCAUGAUCCUGGUGGUGCCCUCGCUCAUGAAGCAGCAGGUCCUCAAGAAUGUGCGCAUUGACCCCAGCAGCCUGUCCUUCAACAUGUGGAAGGAGAUUCCGGUCCCCUUCUACAUGUCCGUCUACUUCUUCCACGUGGUCAACCCCAGCGAGGUCCUGAAGGGCGAGAAGCCCCAGGUGUGGGAGCGCGGACCCUACGUGUACAGGGAGUUCAGAUAUAAGACCAACAUCACCUUCAAUGACAACGACACGGUGUCCUUCCUGGAGUACCGCAGCUUCCAGUUCCAGCCAGACAAGUCCCACGGCUCAGAGAGCGACUACAUCGUCAUGCCCAACAUCCUGGUCCUGACCGCGGCCUCGAUGAUGGAGAACAAGCCCAUGAGCCUGAAGGUGUUCUUGUCCCUGACCUUCAGCACCCUGGGCCAGCGCGCUUUCGUGAACCGCACGGUCGGGGAGUUCCUAUGGGGCUACGAUGACCCCCUCAUGAACUUCAUCAACCAGUACUUCCCGAACGCCUUACCCGUCAAGGGCAAGUUCGGGCUGUUCUCUGAGCUCAACAACACGGACUCGGGCCUCUUCACCGUGUUCACGGGCGUCAAAGACUUCAGCAAGAUCCACCUGGUGGACAAGUGGAAAGGGCUCAGCAAGGUCAACUACUGGCAUUCCGACCAGUGCAACAUGAUUAAUGGGACUUCUGGACAGAUGUGGGCCCCGUUCAUGACUCCCGAGUCCUCGCUGGAAUUCUACAGCCCCGACGCCUGCCGGUCCAUGAAGCUGAUAUACAAGGAGGAGAGUGUCUUCGAAGGCAUCCCCACCUACCGCUUCGUGGCCCCCCCUACGUUAUUUGCCAACGGGUCUGUCUACCCGCCCAACGAGGGCUUCUGCCCAUGCCUGGACUCCGGGAUCCAGAAUGUCAGCUCCUGCCGAUUCGGUGCACCCCUGUUCCUCUCGCAUCCCCACUUCUACAAUGCAGACCCGGUCUUGGCAGAGGCGGUGCUCGGCCUGCACCCAGAUAAAAAAGAACACUCCUUGUUCCUGGACAUCCACCCGGUGACUGGGAUCCCCAUGAACUGCUCUGUGAAGCUGCAGCUGAGCCUCUUCAUGAAGGCAGUCAAGGGCAUCGGACAAACGGGGAACAUCAAUCCCGUGGUCAUGCCCCUGGUGUGGUUUGAAGAGCGUGGCGCAAUGGAGGGCGAGCCCCUGCACACCUUCUACAUGCAGCUGGUGCUGCUGCCCAUGGUGCUGCACUACGGCCAGUACGUGCUCCUGGCGCUGGGCUGCGCCCUGCUGCUCGUCCCCGUGCUCUACCAGCUCCGGAGCCAGGGCCCGGAAGAUGCCAAGAGCCAGCCCAGCCUGGUUGCUCAGCCAGACCAGCUCCCCAGCUCCCCACUUCUUCAGGACUCACACAGCGGACAGCCCACUGGCCACAAAGCCUAAGUCACCGGGCCUCCCCCUCUCCUCCUGCCAUUUCCACAUGCAGGUGGGCACCUGCACAUGCACAUCAGCAUGCGUACACAACGCAACACACCGGUGUGUGCAGACACACUCAGGGAUGGAGCCACGGCGGAGGGGACUCGGCCACAGCACUGUCCCCAAAUCUUCUCUCAAUUGGCCCACAGGCCUCUGUGCCCCUGCUGUGGGCACUGGUCCCCCCUUGGUUGAGCCUUGAGUCCCCAUUUCACUGUUGGGUCCUCCCAGUGACUCACACUACCCCUCCCCAGGUGCAAAGGGGCUUCACACCCGGGGGCGGGCAGUGCAGACUUCCUGUGUCAAGGGUGGGCUGGCAGGCGGCCGUGGCUCAUCACCCAGGCCGAGACCAGACCCACCUGGGUGAAGCGCCUGCGCCUGGGCCUCAAGAAACCUGAGCUUCGGACGGGAUAGCGCUGGAGUUUCCAUCUCCCUCCAUUGGCUCAGGCACCAUUUUUUGGUGUCUGGGGCCUUUUUCCAACAGUUGAAACUGACUUCAUCCUGGACACUGAGCCGGCCACACCCAGGCUGCCGUGGCAGCAGGUUGUCCUGAGAUGCCUCUCCAUGGGGUCCCUUGGCUUUUGGGUGCCAGGGCAGAGGCGGGAAAGAGGUGGGAGACCCCUUUGCCUGGUGCUUUUUAUCUCUGGGGCAACCCUCAGUCUCGUUUCUACUGGAAGAAGAAAUGAAUUUUAAUGUCUUUUUAAAAUAAUUCAUGAUUGAAGUAAUAAAUCUUUUAAAAAGCCAA